AUGAACGACGGAGGCAAAGCGUGGAUGGAGGACGAAGGCGAGGCGUUGAUGGAGGACGGAGGCGAGGCGUGGAGGACUCGUCUUGUUCAUGACCAGCUCUGUACCAGUUUUGAGGGCGGCAGUGGUCAUUUGUAUUCGAAAUGGUUACCAACCAUUCUUGAGAGCUUCCCAAACCUGAAAUCCCUCAGCUGGGAAUGUGACGACAGGUUUAAGGAGCCGCACUUCGAGGGGAUGAAUCAAGUCAAUUUUUCAUAUGUGCCUGAGUGUUUGCAUUCGUCUCUCGAGCUUGUUGAUUUCAAAGUCCCAUUCUCAGGACUUGCUGGAGAAAUGAAGGUGGUAAGGUAUUUCUUGGAGAAUUCGGCUCUUCUCAAGAAACUCACUCUGCGUUUGCGUUAUCGUUCUUCACCAAAAGACAAAUUCGUCAAGAAACUCCUCAGAAUCCCAAAAGGCUCUACCGAAUGCAGAGUAGUUAUCUUCUUGAUUGUUAAAAAGAGUAGAAAGAACUAA